AUGGAGAAACCCAAAGAAGCUUCAGUCAGCUCUGGCAAUAGCUAUGAGAAUGGCAAGACUGGAGAAAAGAGGUCAAUCGACUCGGAAGUCAACGACACUUCGGCUUCAAAAAGACCCAAGCUCCAAGAGCGUACGGAUUACACUCGAUGGCGCAUGUUGGAUGAGGCUGGUAGGCACACAUGGCACUACCUCGAAGAUAAAGAAGACGUUGAAGAAUGGCCUCAAUCCCUCGCAGACAAAUAUUUCCUAGGCCUGCCCAUGGAUCUCCCCGAUCUCCCAACUGCGAAGACACCCCUCGAUUCCGUAAAGAAUGGCCUCGAAUUCUUCCAACACCUCCAACUUCCACCUGGAAACUGGGGCUGCGAAUAUGGAGGACCAAUGUUCCUCAUCCCCGGCCUCAUUGUAACCUGGUCCGUCACAGAGACACCGAUUCCCUCCCAUGUCGCUACAGAAAUGAAGAAUUACCUAUUUGCGCGCGCCAAUCCCGACGAUGGUGGCUGGGGACUACACAUUGAAGGAGAGAGUACCGUCUUCGGAACAUCCAUGAACUAUACAGCCCUGCGUCUCCUCGGCGUGAGCGAAGAGGAACCCAGAAUGAUCAAGGCUAGGGGCACUUUACACAAGAUGGGCGGCGCGACGAAAGCUCCUCAUUGGGCGAAAUUCUGGCUCAGCGUUCUUGGGGUCUGUCAAUGGGAUAUCGUGAACCCUGUACCGCCAGAAUUCUGGCUCUUGCCUGAUUGGGUCCCCUUUCAUCCGUGGAGAUGGUGGAUUCAUAUGCGCAUGGUAUUUUUACCUAUGAGUUUUAUAUGGUCGAAGCGCUGGAGUGGCAAGAUCACACCGCUGAUUUUACAACUGCGCCAAGAGUUGUUUACGGAGUCGUAUGAUAAGAUCAAUUGGGAUGCAAAUCGAAAUACUAUUCAUGAGAAGGAUGAUUACCAUCCGAAAAGUUGGCUGUUGAAGACGGGGUUCUGGGUUAUCUCGAAUGUUUACCCGUACUUUAGAGUGGAGUCUUUGAAACAGAAAGCGGAGGACUGGGUAUUCAAAUUGAUUCAGAUGGAGGAUAAGAAUACGGAUUUUUCUAAUCUUGGACCUGUCAAUGGCCCGAUGAACUUCCUCGCCUGUUACAUUCAGGAAGGUCCAAAGGCUUAUUCUGUACAACGACAUCGAGAACGAAUGGCGGAUUUCUUAUGGGUCAAAGAAGAAGGCAUGUUAAUGAACGGCACCAAUGGAGUUCAAUGCUGGGACACAGCGUUCUUGAUUCAGUCAGUGAUGGAUGCUGAUAUGGCGGAGGAUCCAAAAUGGAAGCCGAUGUUAACCAAAGCUUUGGAGUUCCUUGAUGAUCAGCAAAUUCGAGAGAACGUUGACGAUCAAGCCAUCUGUUACAGACAGCAGCGAAAGGGGGCCUGGGGUUUUAGCAACAAGGACCAAGGUUAUGCAGUCAGUGAUUGUAUUUCGGAAGCACUUAAGGCGGUACUUGUUUUACAGAGGACUCCUGGAUACCCAACCCUUCUCGAAGACCAGAGAAUCUUCGAUGCCAUCGAUACCCUGCUCACAUAUCAGAACAAAUCCGGCGGAUGCGCAUCCUACGAACCAACACGAGGCUCCGAUAAAUUGGAAAUACUGAAUGCUGCUGAGGUCUUCGGUCGGAUCAUGAUCGAAUAUGAUUACCCAGAGUGUACAACAGCAGUCGUCACAGCACUUUCUCUCUUCACCAAAUAUUAUCCAGAAUACAGAGCUGCAGAUAUCAAAUCUUUCAAGGAACGAGCAAUUCGCUACAUCCGACGCGCACAAUAUCCUGAUGGCAGCUGGUACGGAAGUUGGGGAAUCUGCUUCACCUAUGCUGGAAUGUUUGCCCUCGAGAGUCUUGCUAGUAUUGGCGAGACGUAUGAGAAUAGCGAGCAUGUCCGCAAAGGUUGCGAGUUCCUCAUCUCCAAGCAACGAGAUGACGGAGGAUGGUCAGAGAGCUAUCGCUCCUGUGAACGAGGAAUAUACACCGAACAUCCAAGCGGGUCCCAAGUCGUCAUGACAGCUUGGUCCUGCAUUGCCCUACUCGAAGCCCAUUAUCCGGAUCGUGUUCCGAUUGAAAAAGCACUAAAGCUCAUUAUGAGUAGGCAGCAGCCUAAUGGUGAGUGGUUGCAGGAGGCGAUUGAGGGGGUUUUCAAUAAGAGUUGCAUGAUUUCGUACCCAAAUUACAAGUUCAUAUUCCCGAUGAAGGCGUUGGGUAUGUUUGCGAAACGAUAUGGGGAUAUUGCGCUUCCGUAA